AGUUAAGCCGCGUGUGGGGCAGAGCUGCGCACCGCCUCCCUGGCUCACUCGCUCCUGCUUUCCCUUGUCUCCUCCAGCAUGCGGUCAGCCAGUUGCACGGGGACCCACAGGAGAGUUCUUCCUAGAAACGACUGUUAGUCCCUGCUCACCUGCAAGCCGAGAGCUGUAGCAGAGCUUCAAAGUUGGAGCCGACGCCCACUCUACUGCCCCACGCCCCUUUACCCCACUUCUCCGAAAUUCACCGACCUUCGCUUGCACUGCCUAAGGAUUGCAAUCCCAGUGAGGCAGAGCAACCAGCAAAACCGCCCUGGCUUUCUUUAUAAUCCUCCUCUUCUCUAGGUACCCUGUCUCACUGAAGACUCUGCAGAUACACCCCUAUAAAAGGAGGGAAGAAGGGGGAGGGGAGAGAAAAGGGAAAAAGAGAACGAGUAAAGGGGGAAACAAAUGAAAAGGAAAGGAUGCCAGAAGGUCCAUGCCUCAGCUGAGAGUCCCAAUUAGCUGCGACGGUUUCAGCCUGUCCAAGGUGAAGGAAAGUUGCUUCCGAGCCUAGGAAGUGGGUUUGCCUGUAAAGAGGAGGAGGGGAACUGGGCUUUGAAGUACUUCCCUUCCCUCUGCAGAAGACCACUGGGUCCCCAUUUCCCCCAACCUCCUCCCUCUUUUCUCCUCUACCCCUCCCUUUUCCCACUCCCCCUUGACUCGGAGGCCUGGAUGCUCUGCCGCUGGGCAAUGGUCCAGCGCACAGCCAGGAGGGGGCGGGGGCAGGGGGCACUGUGACAGGAAGCUGCACGCACAAGUUGGCCAUUUCGGGGGCAAAAUAAGUUCUCCCUUGGAUUUGGAAAGGACAAAGGCAGCAAGCUACCCCUUUUGUGUCGGAUGAAGAGGACCAACCAUGAGCCAGAGCCCAAGUGCAGGCUCACCGCCGCCACCGUGGUCAGCUCCAGUUCCUGCCAGGAGUUGUCGGUGCGAGGAAAAAAACAUUAUGCAUCAAAAUGUACAAUUAUGAUGACUAAGAAAAUACUAAGGACUUCAUUCCCAGGAUAUCUUAGCACAUGUUGAAUGAAGAAUGAAUUUAUAAGAGAUGAAGUGGGAAGACCAGUGGCCUUAAGGAAUUUGGUGACAGGCGCUGUUAGUCUGAUCCUCCCUUACAUGAAGGACAAGACAAAGAUCCAGUUUGGAAAUGAGAAAGGAGAACUAGCGGGCGACGUUGGCUCUAUCUCUUGAUAUCUCCCAGAGGCGCAGAAAAAGGAUUCAUGAAGAUGUGGACAAGACUUCAAGUUCUUACUUUAGCUUUAUUUUCAAAGGGAUUUUUACUCUCUUUAGGGGAUCAUAACUUUAUGAGGAGGGAGAUUAAAAUAGAAGGUGACCUUGUUUUGGGGGGCCUAUUUCCUAUUAAUGAAAAAGGCACUGGAACUGAAGACUGUGGGCGAAUCAAUGAAGAUCGAGGGAUCCAACGCCUGGAAGCUAUGUUGUUUGCUAUUGAUGAAAUCAACAAAGACAAUUACCUUCUACCCGGAGUGAAGUUGGGUGUUCAUAUUCUGGAUACAUGCUCAAGGGAUACCUAUGCUUUAGAGCAAUCACUGGAGUUUGUCAGGGCAUCUUUGACUAAAGUGGAUGAAGCUGAGUAUAUGUGUCCUGACGGAUCAUAUGCCAUUCAAGAAAAUAUCCCUCUGCUCAUUGCAGGGGUCAUUGGUGGCUCUUACAGCAGUGUUUCCAUACAGGUGGCAAACCUGCUGAGGCUCUUCCAGAUCCCUCAGAUAAGCUAUGCGUCCACCAGUGCCAAACUCAGCGACAAAUCGCGCUAUGAUUACUUUGCCAGGACCGUGCCCCCCGACUUCUACCAGGCCAAAGCCAUGGCCGAGAUCUUGCGCUUCUUCAACUGGACCUACGUGUCUACUGUGGCCUCUGAGGGCGACUACGGAGAGACUGGGAUUGAGGCCUUUGAGCAAGAAGCCCGCCUGCGCAAUAUCUGCAUUGCGACCUCAGAGAAGGUGGGCCGCUCCAACAUCCGCAAGUCCUACGACAGUGUGAUACGCGAGCUGCUGCAGAAGCCCAAUGCGCGAGUAGUGGUCCUCUUCAUGCGCAGUGACGAUUCACGCGAGCUCAUCGCCGCAGCCAGCCGCAUCAAUGCUUCCUUCACCUGGGUAGCCAGCGAUGGCUGGGGCGCACAGGAAAGCAUUGUCAAAGGCAGCGAGCAUGUGGCAUAUGGUGCCAUCACUCUGGAGUUGGCCUCGCAUCCUGUCCGCCAGUUCGACCGCUAUUUCCAGAGCCUCAACCCUUACAACAAUCAUCGCAAUCCCUGGUUUCGGGAUUUCUGGGAACAGAAGUUCCAGUGUAGCCUCCAGAACAAGAGAAACCACCGGCGGGUUUGCGACAAGCACCUGGCCAUUGACAGCAGCAACUAUGAGCAAGAAUCCAAGAUCAUGUUUGUGGUGAAUGCUGUCUAUGCCAUGGCCCAUGCCCUGCACAAAAUGCAGCGCACCCUCUGUCCUAACACUACCAAGCUCUGUGAUGCAAUGAAGAUCCUGGAUGGAAAGAAGCUGUACAAGGAUUACUUGCUGAAAAUCAAUUUCACAGCUCCAUUCAACCCAAAUAAAGGUGCAGAUAGCAUCGUCAAGUUUGACACUUUUGGAGAUGGAAUGGGACGAUACAACGUGUUCAAUUUCCAGUUUGUGGGUGGAAAGUAUUCCUACUUGAAGGUUGGUCACUGGGCAGAAACCUUAUCAUUAGAUGUUGACUCUAUCCACUGGUCCCGGAACUCAAUCCCCACUUCCCAGUGCAGCGACCCCUGUGCCCCCAAUGAAAUGAAGAACAUGCAACCAGGGGAUGUCUGCUGCUGGAUUUGCAUCCCAUGUGAGCCUUACGAAUACCUGAUUGAUGAGUUUACCUGUAUGGACUGUGGGCCUGGGCAGUGGCCCACUGCAGACUUAUCUGGAUGCUUUGAUCUUCCUGAGGACUACAUCAGAUGGGAAGAUGCCUGGGCCAUUGGCCCAGUCUCCAUUGCCUGCCUGGGGUUUAUGUGUACGUGCAUGGUUAUAACUGUGUUUAUCAAGCACAACAACACACCCUUGGUCAAAGCAUCAGGCCGGGAACUCUGCUACAUCUUGCUGUUUGGGGUUAGCCUGUCAUAUUGCAUGACAUUCUUCUUCAUUGCCAAACCAUCACCUGUCAUUUGUGCUUUGCGCCGGCUGGGGCUGGGGACUUCCUUUGCUGUCUGUUAUUCAGCUCUGCUGACCAAGACAAACUGCAUCGCCCGUAUCUUCGAUGGGGUCAAGAAUGGCGCUCAGAGGCCCAAAUUCAUCAGCCCCAGUUCACAGGUUUUCAUCUGCCUGGGUCUGAUACUGGUGCAAAUUAUAGUAGUGUCUGUGUGGCUCAUCCUGGAGGCUCCAGGCACCAGGAGGUAUACUCUUCCAGAGAAGCGGGAAACAGUCAUCUUAAAAUGCAAUGUCAGAGAUUCCAGCAUGCUGAUCUCUCUUACCUAUGAUGUGAUCCUGGUGAUUCUAUGCACUGUGUAUGCCUUCAAAACAAGGAAGUGCCCGGAAAACUUCAACGAAGCCAAGUUCAUAGGUUUUACCAUGUACACCACCUGCAUCAUCUGGUUGGCCUUCCUCCCUAUAUUUUAUGUGACAUCGAGUGACUAUAGAGUGCAGACGACAACCAUGUGCAUCUCCGUUAGCCUGAGUGGCUUUGUGGUCUUGGGCUGUUUGUUUGCACCCAAGGUGCACAUCAUCCUGUUCCAACCCCAGAAGAAUGUGGUCACACACAGACUGCACCUCAACAGGUUCAGUGUCAGUGGAACGGGAACCACAUAUUCUCAGUCUGAGAGCCAGCUGAGAAGGCAGUGUGAACUGAAGGACCCCAGGACAUCUGCCCAGUCCAAAGAUCCCUCUCCUACUGGCCAGCAGAUGUCUGAAACACUAUCCUUCGAGAAUCAGUGACUUAAUUCUUUUAUAGAGUUUUCUAAAGCACAAAUGUACCUGAAGGGGACAGCCUUUUAAACCACUUUCAGCUAAUUUAUGGUAUUUGGUAAGAGAAUUGCACUGACAGACGGGAGAGGAGGAGAAAGAAGGGGAAUGGAGCCAGGAGGAGGGAGGGAGGAUUAGAAGUGACAGAGACAAAUGACUACUUCACCAUUUUGCCUCAAGGCAAUUAGAAAGGAUACUUCAAAAUAGCUCAGCAUCACAGGGUGAGCAAUCACAUCAGUGCCCCAAUUUCUUCAACAAAGUACAGAAUUUCACAAAGCAACCCUCCCCCAGCAAACAGAAGGAAGACUGGCAGACUGAGCACAUGUGUUCAGUGAUACACUGUACCUAUCAUAGCUCCUUAGCUGCCAUGGGUGGGGACUUACUGUCUUUCCAGUUAAAUCCCCAGGUUUCACAAUGGUUGAAUCCCAGGAUAUGGUAAGACCUGUAAAAUAAAGAAACAUGCUUAUUUCUUCAGAAAAAUGUCUUCCUUUGUAGCCCAAUUGUAACAAGUAGCUAGUCCAGACAAGAAAGAACUGGCAAUAAACAAUAACAAUGUCUAACAGGAA